CAGAGCAAAUCUGAAGAAGUAUGACGACAACAAGCAACGUUUCACAGCCUCGUUGGCUGUCAGUAUCAGUGAGUUAGCGUUAGUUAUUUUUCUACAGAGGAGCUUCAUUUAUGACAAGAGUUUCUGUACAUGUUUCUUAAUGUCUCUUAAUCACUGGGGGGAUUAAUGCGUCCUCCCGCUUAAAGCUGAGGUAAAGCAGCGUUAGCCCCCAGAGCUACAGCGAGCAGCCGGAGUGUGUGGAGCUGCACCUGCAGGAGAACAGGAUGAAUCUGGGCUCUAAAGGCAAGAAGAGGAUGGUUCUCCCGACCAGACCUGACCCGCCUUCAGUGGAGCAGAUCAUAGAUGACAUAAACCGAGCCUACCCCAACGACCCGGUCUUCAGCAUACUGCAGGAACAGUCCACUGAAGACGUCCGCAGUGGAUCGACCAGCAGUGACGUGGAGGUCAGGUACCUGCAGAGCCGGCGGUUCCUCGAGCUGAACGAGCGGCUUCAGGAGGCACGUUCUGAUCUCGUACGGAGAAGAGAAGAGCUGAGGGUGGUGGGGGAGUCUUUAGAACAGAGUGUAACAGAGGUGAAGGACAGAGCCAUUUGACUGACCAUUUUACAUGCUGUUAGAAGCCCACAACACCUUUUAAUAUGGUGGAUGGAGUGGGAUAAAUGAUUAAGUUAUGAUUUGCUAUGUUUUUUUUUUGUUUAAACGUCUUUGUAGUUUAAGUGUUUAGAGGUAUGAAGCCAGGCCAACACAUAAUACCAUCUAACUACAGUGCCUACUGUGUAAGUAUUAAUUUAGGCAACAUUUUGGAGAUUUGUUGUUUUGUUAUUUGUCACUUGAUGUUUGAAUUCACAAAUUCUGACUUUAUUUUUGGACAUUAUUAAGAAAAUUAUUUGAUUGUGGUCUUUAGCAUAACCACCACAAUCCUGUUUCUUAAACAUUGCUUUUUGAUUUUAGCACAUGCCACACUUUUACCAAGAGGUAAAUAUGGUUCCUCAUGAUUCCUCUUUAUAUUUAAGUGUUCAUGGCGGCUGUUAUAACUUCACUGUGGGAUGUCUUCACCAAAAUCCUGCAGUUAAUGCAAGAAAAUAUGGUUUGUAAUACUUUUGCACUUAUUAAAUGAAAAUUAAAAUUGA